GCUGGAAAUGAAACCCUGAAGGAUGAAGCUUCUUCAUGUCUCCCCCAAAGCCGAAAUCGAUUUCUUUCUCAUGAAUCAUCUUCUUAGGUCAAGUCAAUGCUUUGGUUCUGUUACUGCAAGGUUUCGGAGGGGCCUCGCAUUUUCUACUGAAACCCUAAGAACCACCUCCUCUUCAAAUGCCGGCGACUCUUUGCGUCUUUGGAUCUCACAAACCAGCGAUCCAAGGGCCUCUAUCAUUCCAGUGCUCAAUCAAUGGCUCUACCAACGGAAAGGAGUCCAUAUAUACGAGCUCCAAUCGAUCAUUAAAAUGCUCCGCCACAACGGUCACUUAGAGCAAGCUCUUGAGAUUUCUGAAUGGGUCACCUACAAAAUUGUCCGAUUUAUUUCAUCUGAAGAUAUUGCCACGCAGCUGGAUCUAAUCUCAAAAGUUCAUGGCCUAGAACAAGCAGAAAAGUAUUUCAUUGGCAUCCCUGAAACCUUGAAGACAGCUAAGGUUUUUCGUGCCCUUUUGAAUUGCUAUGCACAAAAUAAGUGCUUGGAAAAGGCAGAGGCCACAAUGCAAAAGAUGAAGGAGUUAGGCUGUGCUAAAAGUGCAUUGUCUUUCAAUAUAAUUUUGGAGCUUGCUGCUGAGCUAGGAAGACAUGAGAAGAUAGACAACCUUAUGCAAGAGAUGGAGGAAAAGGGUAUAAAUUAUAAUGCAAUCACAUUCAAUACUCUAUUAAAGGUUUAUGGAUCCACUUCCGACAUAGAGAAAAUAGAGAAACUUCUAAUUAAGAUGGCAGCUAAUCCUCACGUAAAAGUGGACUCACAUGCUAUUGUUGCUGCUGCAAAUGGGUGCUUGAGAGCUGGCCUUGCUGAAAAGACUUUGCAAAUGUUGAAGAAAGCUGGGCAGCUAUUUAGUAAGAAAACAGAAAAGCCUUAUGAGAAAUUCAUAUCAUUAUAUGCCGCUUGUGGGCAAAAAAAUGAAGUAUACUGUUUAUGGAAUAUGUACAAGAAAAUAGGGAAAUUCAACCAUUCUGGGUAUACAUCUAUGAUAAGCUCAUUGGUGAAAUUUGAUGAUUUUGAUGAUGCAGAGAAGAUUUUUGAGGAGUGGGAAUCAGGAUAUGCAGUCUAUGAUGCCCAAGUUCAAAAUUUAUUGAUUAGUGCUUAUUGCAAAAGGGGUCUUUUGGUAAAGGCUGAAUUAUAUAUUAACAGACUUUUAAAGGGUGGGAAGGAGCCUAGUGCAACUAUCUGGAGUGCUCUUGCAAGAGGAUAUCAAAGAAAUAACCAAAUGGAGAAAUCAGUGGCAGCCAUGAAGAAAGCAAUCUUGGUCAGUACACUGCAAUGGAAACCUAACUAUCUUACUUUGGCUGCAUGUGUUGAGAAUUUAGAAGGGAAGAAACAGAAGAGAAGAGCAGAAGAGCUUUUGAAGUUGCUCAUAGAAUGUGGUUACAAUACAAUGGUAAAUGAAAUUAAGAUUAAUAACUUGGGUGAAAAUGACCUUGUUCAGAUGGGAGGUGAUGAGAGUUUUGAUGUAGAAACCACUAAUCAUGGAUUUUUUAUGAGAAUUUCAAAGUUGCUUUCUGCUGGAACACAUUGAAGAACUGGAAAGUGUGAAGUCAACAGACUUGCUCAACUGAAAAUCUGCAGUUGAUGGUUACUUUGAAAAGGAGGAAAUUAGGGCACUGAGCAGUUGGAACUUAAACAGCUUUUGCUAUCAAUUAAAGGCUUCAAGUCCAUUUUCAGUAGGCUGCCCCUCACCAAAAUAGAGACUCCUGCCUUUUCAAACAAUGACUUGUCCUCAGUUCACAAAGCACACUUGUUGUUUAAGCAGGUUUUCAAUUUCACUUUAAUUAUUUUAGUCUCGAGCAAGUUGAUCUACCAACAACGCUGUUUGAUUUCUGUUAGUCAAUUUGAGAGGUCACUCAUUGUGUUCUAGAGAUUCCUCUGCAUCAGCAAUAUGUGAAGGACAAGCUAAUUCAGAAUGGAACUGCUAAUGGACAAUUUUUCAUUAAGUCUGCUUGCUGUCUUCCUUGGGAGAUGUUCUUCCAAGGUGACUUUCAGGAGUUUAAUCAUCUAACGAAGCCUGUCUGUAAUGCUAUUUGGUUUAUGGACACCCUCCCUAAGGUUAAGCAUUUUUUAUGGAGAGUGGUUUGGGGUAAUACCGCCAACAAGGGAGGUGCUAAUGAGUAGAGUAGUGCAGGUUCCUCAGGACUCUGGUGCUUGUGGCCUCACUAUGGAAUCAUAUUUUUAUAUUCUUUUCCAAUGUUACCGGAGUAAGGAAGUCUGGGCGAGGAUUUACCUGGGCUUGGAUGUUAGUUCUUGGUGACAGGAGUCUUUUCUGGAUGACUAUCCUUCUUAGAUUGAACUAGGAGCAAGAGAAUUGAU